GCCAUUUUGUUUUAGGUACGUUAACGUACGCGAUCUCAUCGCAACGUUCGUUCACCUUAGAAGGUCCGAAACUGGGGGAAAGGAUAAGAGCGGCAAUGUCUGCUUUCUCAGAAUCGGCGCUGGAGAGGAAAUUGUCGGAGCUAAGCAAUUCUCAGCAAAGUGUCCAGACACUGAGCCUGUGGCUUAUCCAUCACCGAAAACAUUCGCCGCUCAUUGUCACCGUCUGGGAGCGCGAACUGCGCAAAGCCAAACCAAACAGGAAGCUAACUUUUUUGUAUCUGGCUAAUGAUGUUAUUCAAAAUAGCAAAAGAAAAGGGCCGGAGUUCACAAAAGAUUUUGCACCCGUCAUAGUGGAAGCUUUUAAACAUGUAUCCAGUGAAACUGAUGAUAGUUGCAAAAAGCAUCUGGGCCGUGUGCUAUCUAUUUGGGAAGAAAGGUCUGUUUAUGAAAAUGAUGUAUUGGAACAACUUAAGCAAGCUUUGUAUGGAAACCCAAGGAAACGCACAUAUGAGCAGAUAAAGAUUGAAGAUAACUCUUUAGCACAAAGCUCUCCAUGUGAUCCUCCCCAGACAAUGGGUCUUAUAAGAGCAUUACAAGAAUUAGAAAAUGCAGCCUCUGGAGAUGCAGCAGUUCAUCAGAGGAUAGCCUCAAUACCUCUAGAAGUUCAAGAUGCAACUUUGCUUAACAGAAUCACAGACAAAGAAUCAGGAGAACAGCUUUCCAAAAUGGUAGAUGAUGCAUGUAUGUUGCUGGCGGAUUACAAUGGCAGGUUGGCAGCUGAAAUUGAUGAUAGAAAACAACUAAAUCAGAUGUUGUCAGAUGUUUUACGAUGCCAAAAAGAAACCCUGUCAGAGAAAGAACAAACAUUGGAACUUCUAUUUCAGGUGAGGAACAUGGAUAUUAUCUUCUUAUGAUGACAUCUUUCGUUAGUAAUGCAUCCUGCUAAAAAUAAAAUUCAGAAUCAAAAUCCUGUUUUGUCUCCUCUUUCUAAAAAGAAACUUUAUUAAUACCUGCUCAGUAUAUUUGACAAAUCUGUUUUGCUUACAUUGAAAUAAGCUGUAUAUCAAUCAUUCUUAUCAAACUGAAUGUGUUAAAUGAAAUUCAUUAAAAUUAAUGUCUAUACAAUGAGUUCAUCAAUUUAAUAUUGUCUAUUGAGGUUAUUAGAAAAUCACUUAGUAAACAUGUAUCUGCCUGCAAUAUUAAGUUGAAUGAAUAACAACAGAAUUAUGUUGAGAUAUAGGCGGAGAACUAGGUGUGUGUAUAUAUAUGAAUUAGUAUAUGAGAGAGGGAAAUUCCCUCUGCUAAUAGGGUUGAUUGUUCUUUUCUUCCUCUUUUCCUCCCUCUUUCUGUCCACUAAACUAUAGAGAAUUAUGGAUUGCUAUUGAAAUUUUAAGAAUGAAAGGGUAGUCUUAAUAUUGUUUUUCUGGGAAACUAACAGGUGUGACAUAAAGGUUAAAAGCUCCCCUUUGUCAGUUUGCAACAUCUGUUCUUUAGAGCAAGUGUAUACAACUAUGUCCUAAGAACGAUAUGUGCCCAUUGAAAAUCUGAGAUCCCCCACAAAUCAUUUAAAACAUGUCCUAAGCUAUCACUUUAAUGAAAUAGCA